AUGGCCGAAAUGGAGUUCAGCGAGGAGGAUGACUGUCUCUACAUGGAUGGGAACUUCCAACUUAUAAGCCUUAAUCUUUCAAAUAACUUCAUCCGGGAAGAUGGUAUCAAUUGGUUAUGGAAAGCCGUGUCUUGUCAGGAAUGCCUACUCAUCCAGAAGCGCGCCAACCAAUCAGAAUCUGAAGAACAGGGGCUUCUGCCCGGGCUUCUGCGAUUGGUUGUUGACAAAAACAACGUUCAUCAAGAAAACGAGGCGCUAAAAAAAUUAAAUGAAUUUAUGGCGGGAAAACAUCCUUUCAAAAAGUUGGCGCCAUUAUCAGAAGAGAGUUCCGUUAUUAGCGAUUCCAAAGAAUCUUAUAAAUAA